AUGAGCAUAAACCAUCAGGCAAUCGAAAGAAUUCUUAAUAUGCCAAAGGAUGCAAAAAUUAACCAGAAGGAACAACUAGAAAUAGCUAGAAUGUUCGUAAAUGGAGUUCCACUAACAAUUCCAAUACAUAAAGUUGCAGAGCUCGCAAGAAUGUUCGUUUCUUGCACCAAGCGAAUGUAUUUGAACGAGGUAAAGAAAUACCUCCAGGAAAACAACAGUGAGCUUUAUGCCGAAUAUGCAAACAUGUUCUGUAAUAACCCAGGCGUCUUCGAGGCAUUUGGGAUAAAAAGUGAGCAUCGAGGCGUACUUGUUAAGAAUGAAGCAAUCCAAGUGACAAGUCUCAAACCACGUAUUAUUCUAAGUAAAAAGAGCAGAUCAACUGCAUGCAAAAGAAAGAUACGCAAAGGCACACAGGAUGCUGCUCUUCGUAAACUCGUUAAUCAAAGGAACGCCUCGUCCCAGUACAAAAAGAAGAUUAACAAAAUAUACAAAGAAAUAAAGAAAGAAUAA